AUGACUACGUCACGAAACACGCCUACAUAUGAAGUGACGUCAGAUAUCAUGACUACGUCACGAAACAUGCCUACAGCUGAAGUGACGUCAGAUAUCAUGACUACGUCACAAAACACACCUACAGCAGAAGUGACGUCAGAUAUAAUGACUACGUCAGGAAACACAUCUACAACUGAAGUGACGUCAGGAAACACGCCUAGAUACGCGUCAGAUAUCAUGACUACGUCACGAAAAAUGCCUACAGCUGAAGUAACGCCAGACAUCAUGACUUCGUCACAAAACAUACCUACAGCAGAAGUGACGUCAGAUAUAAUGACUACGUCAGGAAACACACCUACAGCUGAAGUGACGUCAGAUAUCAUGACUACGUCACAAAACAGACCUACAGCUGAAGUGACGCCAGAUAUAAUGACUACGUCACAAAACACACCUACAGCAGAAGUGACGUCAGAUAUCAUGACUACGUCACAAAACACACCUACAACUGAAGUGACGUCAGGAAACACGCCUACAACUGAAGUGACGUCAGAUAUUAUGACUACGUCACGAAACACGCCUACAGCUGAAGUGACGUCAGAUAUCAUGACUACGUCACGAAACACGCCUACAGCUGUAGUGACGUCAGAUAUCAUGACUACGUCAGGAAACACAUCUACAACUGAAGUGACGUCAGGAAACACGCCUAGAUACGCGUCAGAUAUCAUGACUACGUCACGAAAAAUGCCUACAGCUGAAGUAACGCCAGACAUCAUGACUUCGUCACAAAACAUACCUACAGCAGAAGUGACGUCAGAUAUAAUGACUACGUCAGGAAACACACCUACAGCUGAAGUGACGUCAGAUAUCAUGACUACGUCACAAAACACACCUACAGCAGAAGUGACGUCAGAUAUAAUGACUACGUCACAAAACACACCUACAGCAGAAGUGACGCCAGAUAUAAUGACUUCGUCACAAAACACACCAACAACUGAAGUGAAGUCAGGAAACACGCCUACAACUGAAGUGACGUCAGGAAACGCGCCUACAACUGAAGUGACGUCAGAUAUCAUGACUACGUCACAAAACACACCUACAACUGAAGUGACGCCAGAUAUAAUGACUUCGUCACAAAACACACCAACAACUGAAGUGAAGUCAGGAAACACACCUACAACUGAAGUGACGUCAGGAAACGCGCCUACAACUGAAGUGACGUCAGGAAACACGCCUACAACUGAAGUGACGUCAGAUAUCAUGACUACGUCACAAAACACACCUACAACUGAAGUGACGUCAGGAAACACGCCUACAACUGAAGUGACGUCAGAUAUUAUGACUACGUCACAAAACACACCUACAGCUGAAGUGACGUCAGAUAUAAUGACUACGCCAGGAAACAUACCUACAGCUGAAGUGACGUCAGAUAUCAUGACUACGUCACAAAACACACCUACAGCUGAAGUGACGUCAGAUAUCAUGACUACGUCACAAAACACACCUACAGCUGAAGUAACGUCAGAUAUCAUGACUACGUCACAAAACACGCCUACAGCAGAAGUGACGUCAGAUAUCAUGACUACGUCACAAAACACACCUACAGCAGAAGUAACGCCAGACAUCAUGACUUCGUCACAAAACACACCUACAGCAGAAGUGACGCCAGAUAUAAUGACUACGUCACAAAACACACCUACAGCAGAAGUGACGUCAGAUAUCAUGUCUACGUCACGAAACACACCUGAGGAUGAUAUAAAUGUUACCUGUGGCCAUUGCUGUGCAAAAAGAAACGCGAGCAAGAUCCUCAGUCUGGAAGAAUUAACAAAAGUUAUAGAUGAACUGAAGCUUCAACUAGCUGUAAACAAAGCCAACUUGUCUGCCAACCGACGAAGACUUGUCAGUGUGUAUGACUCCCGACCCAGCAGUGUUGCCAUGGGAAGUGUGGCUAUAGCGAUUUUGGCGGUACUGAUUGGCUUGGUUGUAAUCCCGGACAUACUCAGCCUCGUCAGGUUCCUUUACAGACAUCGAGAGAGACAGUGUGUCUAG